CGNAACUUUUCAUGUACUUAAUUCAAUAUAUUUGGUUCGGCUCAUGAAAAGUUCGGCGUCUGAACUGGGCCUAAGGGUUUGUACCCCCCUGGCUGAAACUUUGUUUAGUGUCUCUCCCCCUCUUCCCUCCCCCCUCCCGGGAGAAUUCAUCCCUGCUUUACAACUCCGCUGUAGCCAGGUCUAAUGUGACCCGCGAUCGCAGUUCGUCGGCAGGAAAAUGACGCUCCAGGGGCAAACGAGGGGGAAACGAUUCCUGGUAGCCUGCGUGACAGGCCGUAGAAGGAGAAGGAAAGCGUCAAAAUGAGCGCGGGGACUAGAUUCCUGGAUGUUUUCUAGACACUUCGCCUAUUUCAUUUCAAUUCAACUAGUGUAGAGUGUAGCCCAAGUCGGACGUCGUCCAACAGUUUUCAAAAAUAGAGCUGGGAAAAGAGAUCUUUCAACUGAUGACAUUUUAGAUUAAUGUUGGUUUUGUCAUGGCCUAAAUUAAGAAAAGGAAAACUUUUUCGGAAUUUGAGAAAGUAGAAAAAAAAAUGUGGAGAGCCCGGGCAUCGAUCCCGGUACCUCUCGCAUGCUAAGCGAGCGCUCUACCAUUUGAGCUAGCCCCCCUUCCGCGAUGUUAUGAGAAUUUUUUAUAGAUCUUAAACAACAGGCCGCUAGCUUUUAAUGACGUCAUGAUCAAAUAAUAUUUUGCGCAUGAUCGCAGAGCACAAACAACUUUUCAAACAUGGCUGCCAUCCUAACUUGUCUCUUUAAAUCUUUUCAAUGGAUCCCCGUCUUAUUUAUCAACGCAGUAAUUGUGUGGUCAUACUACGCUUACGUAUUAAUUCUUUGUUUUGAGAGCGUGCAGUCUCCUUAUGAAAGAGUUGUGUAUUUGCUUUUGUAUCACCCGUUCUUUGUGAUGUUGAUGAUUUCGUACUGGAGAACAAUUUGCGCGUCAUCUGGUCUUGUUCCUUCGCAGUUCUUCUUGUCCAGAGCAGACAGAGAGGCAUUAGAUAAUGGGGAUCCCAAAGAAAUUUUGGAAAAAGUAUCAAGAAAACUGCCUGUUUUUACACAAACUGUAUCAGGGGCUGCAAGAUAUUGUGAUAUAUGUCAAGCUAUCAAGCCAGAUAGAUGCCAUCACUGCUCCAUGUGUAGAAAGUGUAUAUUAAAAAUGGAUCAUCAUUGUCCGUGGGUCAAUAACUGUGUGGGAUUCACAAACUACAAGUUCUUUCUUCUGUUCCUGUUCUAUGCUAUACUUUAUACACUCUAUGUCACAGGAACAGUUACCAAGUAUUUUAUUGCAUUUUGGAAUAACACCUUGGAUGGUGAUGGAAAGUUGCACAUUUUAUUUCUGUUUUUUGUUUCACUUAUGUUCUGUAUAAGUCUUUGGUCACUCUUUGGUUAUCAUUUAUAUCUCACUGGGAGUAACAAAACAACUCUGGAGUCGUUCAGAGUUCCCCAUUUCUAUUAUGGGCCAAAUAAAGAUGGCUUUAGUUUGGGGUCUGCAAUGAAGAAUGCUGAGCAAGUAUUGGGGCUUAAUAAAUGGUACUGGUUUUUACCAGUCUUCACCAGUGUUGGUGAUGGGGUUCACUAUCCAUUACUCAACCAGCCUGAGGAAGAUUCAUUAUUAAAUGCGCAAAACAGAUGGAUGGAGGAAGGGGAACUGGAUGCACAGGAAGACCAACCAAAUGAUGACAAGUUACAUGAUCCAGCAACUGUGGCCAUUAACAUUUCACAAACAGAGCUGGUUCACGAGAAUGAGGUUGAGACACAGAUUCCAUGUGCUCCUAGACCCAAACCAGAUGUAUUGACAGUGCAAGAAGAUGAUAUUCAAGAUGGGACAGCAUUGUAAUGUACAAACUUAGACAACAAAGUUCUGUUGUUUGUUCAGGUACAUUGUGCCGCACCAAGGGGUCCUCGGUGAGGUCCUCUGGACAGACAAUGGUCAUUUGCCCAAGUAAGGGUAAUUCAGCGCUUUUACAUUUCUGACCUCAGUUGUCUUAGUAGUAAACAUAGAAAACCUCUGACAAAUCUGACAGUCAGAUCGUGUUAGUUUUAAGGAAAUUUGAGGCCAAUUUCAAAGAUAUGCCUUGCAUGGCAAACUUUGCAUUUCCACAUAACCAACCAAAAUUCCAGAAAAGCUUAAAAAGUAGAAUGAAGGGAAAAAGUAACAUAGGGCAUUAGGACAUUAAAGUACAAAUUCAGCCUCAAAACUCUGUUGCUUGUAUAUCUGUUAGGAUAAAGGAGUGUUUUUUUAAAAAAAAAAUCUAAGGCACCAGAGGAGUGCGGAAGUGCCCCCGCCCAACCUUGAUCAGACUUGUGUAUAAACUAUUCGACGUCUGGGUUCGGGAGUAUUUCUGAGUAAUCUUACCCAUGCCUAAUUUUUUUUUCUCCCUUUAAGUAAGCGGGGAUAGUUGUUAGUGAGAAAGUUUGUAUAUACAAUUACUGUAUGCAAGAAAUUCCUUGCUUAUGAUUUUUAGUAGAGCUUGUAACUUUUUUAUCAUAAAUUCAGCAAGUACUUUCCGCCUUGUUUGUUCGUUUGUUUGUUUACUAUUUUCAGCAAGUUUCUGCUAAAAUAGCUCUGUAAGGGAUUGUGCAUUGAAAAUGUAGAAGUUCUUUCGAAGUAAUCAUAGUUUUUCCUUCACUCGUAAUUUGACUGACGCAAUGUGUUCCCAGACUUCUUGAUGUAUAGAUUGUUUAUUUUCUGUUAAUUAAAAUUAACUCCUUUUGUAAGUUAAAUCAUGUUAAUACUAGGUUGUAAUGAUCAAGUAUUAUACCUACUAAAUGGUAAGGAGAAUAACACAAUACGAUGACUUUGUCUUAACUUCUCUUGAAUAAAUCGAGAAUAAAACGGUAGAUAUGUUACAAGUGUUUAAGUAUUCGUUUUGAGAAUUUUGUAAUGUAAAAGAGAUUUGCCUUAUCACAAAUUAAAAGCUAUUAAAGAUGGGUUGAUGAUGAAUCCCAACACUUAAAAAA